AUGGUGAGCUCAGACGCACUAUCAGAGGCGUCUGCGCAUGGCGCUCGUGUGAGCUCUGGGAGACACCCCGGUCAAUUCAAGCUCUCGUCGCCCGCAGACAUUAUCGUCACACUUAACCCAUCUUUCCCAAUUGACAAAGAGAGACAGGUCACAAUGGGUGGUGGUCCCAGAGUUCCCUAUCCCAAGCACGUCUGGUCACCAGCAGGUGGCUGGUACACCCAACCGUCCAAUUGGAAGGUGAACACUGCUGUCUUCGGAGCCGUGAUUCUGGGGUUCACAGCUCUCACUUGGAGGCUCAGCGCGGAUCGCGAAUUCAGACACAAGAUGCCAGAACCAGGCCGAUUCUACCCAAGCCGAUAG